GCAGCCGCUGAGCUGAGCGCUUGACUAUAUAUGGUCAAAGCUGGGGGCGAGCCGCACCGGGACCGCGCUUCCGGGUUCGGGCGUCCGCAGCGGCAACGCGCAGGGCAGGCGCGAGCCGGCCUCGGAGCCCGGCCUCGGACCGCCCCCUCCGCGCCCGGCACGCCCGGUGCCGCCUUCCGCGCUGUCCCUGGGCUUGGCCUCGGCGAGGUCCGUUUGGAGCGCAGCCGGCCCCCAGGCUGUUGGCGAGCGUGGCGCGGUAACAAGUGGGCAAGGAUGCCGUACGAGAUCAAGAAGGUGUUCGCCAGCCUACCCCAGGUGGAGAGGGGCGUCUCCAAAAUCAUCGGCGGCGACCCUAAGGGCAACAAUUUUUUGUACACCAAUGGCAAGUGCGUCAUCCUGAGGAACAUUGACAACCCAGCCAUUGCUGACAUCUACACGGAGCACGCCCAUCAGGUGGUGGUGGCCAAGUAUGCACCCAGCGGGUUCUACAUCGCCUCUGGAGAUGUCUCUGGGAAGCUGAGGAUCUGGGAUACAACGCAGAAGGAGCACCUUUUAAAAUACGAGUAUCAGCCUUUUGCUGGAAAGAUCAAGGACAUUGCCUGGACUGAGGACAGUAAGAGGAUCGCCGUAGUCGGGGAAGGAAGGGAGAAGUUUGGAGCUGUCUUCCUGUGGGACAGUGGUUCUUCUGUGGGUGAGAUCACAGGACACAACAAAGUCAUCAACAGCGUGGACAUCAAGCAGAGCAGGCCAUACCGGUUGGCGACAGGGAGCGACGAUAACUGUGCUGCAUUCUUUGAGGGCCCCCCAUUCAAAUUCAAGUUUACAAUUGGCGACCACAGUCGUUUCGUCAACUGUGUGCGAUUCUCUCCUGAUGGGAACAGAUUUGCCACGGCCAGCGCUGACGGCCAGAUAUACAUCUAUGAUGGGAAGACGGGAGAGAAAGUCUGUGCACUCGGAGGGAACAAAGCCCACGACGGAGGAAUUUAUGCUAUUAGUUGGAGUCCUGAUAGCACCCAUUUGCUUUCUGCCUCUGGAGACAAAACCUCUAAGAUUUGGGAUGUCAACGUGAACUCUGUCGUCAGCACAUUUCCCAUGGGCUCCAAUGUCCUGGACCAGCAGUUGGGCUGCCUGUGGCAGAAGGACCACCUCCUCAGCAUCUCCCUGUCUGGGUACAUCAAUUACCUGGACAAGAACAACCCCAGCAAACCUCUGCGGGUCAUCAAGGGUCACAGUAAAUCGAUCCAGUGUCUGACAGUGCACAGAAACGGUGGCAAGUCCUACAUCUACUCUGGGAGCCAUGAUGGGCACAUUAAUUACUGGGAUUCCGAGACUGGGGAAAAUGACUCCUUCUCUGGGAAAGGUCACACGAAUCAGGUGUCCAGGAUGACUGUGGACGAGUCUGGGCAGCUUGUCAGCUGCAGCAUGGACGAUACUGUGCGGUACACCAACCUCAUGUUGCGGGAUUACAGUGGCCAAGGAGUUGUGAAGCUGGACGUUCAACCAAAGUGCGUGGCUGUUGGCCCCGGAGGCUAUACUGUGGUCGUGUGUAUUGGGCAGAUCGUCUUGCUGAAGGACCAGAGGAAAUGCUUCAGCAUCGACAACCCUGGCUAUGAGCCUGAAGUUGUGGCAGUGCACCCUGGCGGGGACACAGUAGCUGUUGGAGGAGCGGAUGGCAAUGUGCGUGUGUACUCCAUCCUGGGCACCACGCUGAAGGACGAGGGCAAGCUCCUAGAAGCCAAAGGACCUGUGACAGACUUGGCCUACUCCCAUGAUGGCGCCUUCCUUGCUGUGUGUGAUGCCAGCAAGGUGGUCACGGUGUUUAGUGUGGCUGACGGUUACUCGGAGAACAAUAUUUUUUAUGGACACCAUGCAAAGAUCGUGUGCCUGGCCUGGUCACCAGACAAUGAACACUUUGCCUCUGGCGGCAUGGACAUGAUGGUGUACGUCUGGACCCUGAGUGACCCAGAGACAAGAGUCAAGAUCCAAGAUGCACACCGUCUGCACCACGUCAGCAGCCUGGCCUGGCUGGAUGAGCACACUCUGGUUACCACCUCCCACGACGCCUCUGUCAAGGAGUGGACAAUCACCUACUGAGGACUCCCUCCCACCCCGACGGACCGAAUCAGGGACUAGAGUUUAACUGCCGCGGAACAUAUUUCUCUAACUAUUUCUGUAAUGCACCCCUUGCCCCGCCCACCCACCCUAGGAGCAGGGGGCCUGGUGACUACCCUCAUCUCUGCAGGGUGUUCAUGUCUGUACGCGUCCUUCUAAAAGCUUUAGACAGUAACAGUUUGCACAUGAAAAAUAAAGCGAGCACUUAAACAACGUGUGGAGCAUAACUCAAAACCCACAACUCAACCAGACCUUGAAAAUAUGGAACAUUCCAGAGGCAGAGCCUCCAAAGCACAGAGACCCAGCCCCGGGGCUCUCGCUGUCUGUCGGGAGGCUGCACAGGGAGCACAGCGCACGUCCCCUUUCCCAUGCAGGACACGUCUGCACUGGAGAGGAGGGACAGCGUUGCAGUCAGCACGCCGGCGUUGUCGGUAGAACAAGCAUCUGUUCCACACUGAGUCACGCCACGUGGCUGCCCCCGGGAGCCGCCCGGGGUCACAUGGGACACACGAAAACCUUGGAUGUGUUUCAUUGUCAGCUUUUGUGCUUGGUUUUAAGAACAGAAUUGUGGGAUUUUUUUUUUUUUAAGUGUAUCUUUAAACUGUUGCCUGUCAUUCUUGCGCUGGCACAUUGACAGCACCGUGUCCAGGCAUGUAGAGCCCUUGUUAGCCAGACUGAGGUGUCCUGGCCACCAUUAUCAUCAUGCUUCAAUGUUUACUGUCAUCCCCUCUGCCCCCAAGAACAAAGGUUAAGGGCAAAGGCGAAGUCACUGUAAUCUGUCAUUGUUUUUACCUUUUCUUUUUCAGUGCAGAAAUUAAAAGUAAGUAUAAAGCACCGUGAUUGGGAGUUUCUUUGUGUGUCGGAAUCGCUGGUAAAUGUUGGCUAAGAACAAUCCCCCUUGCACUUGUGAAAAUAUUUUGAGCGCUUUAAGAGAUUAGACUGAGAAAUAAUUAAAUAUCUUUUCUCUU